AUGGAAUUUUAAGAAAUAUUAGAUGGAUUUCAAUUGAUAUGUAAUGAAUUGUAAGGUUCUCAGAAUUACAAAAAUAUUAUGGAAUUGUAUAACAGAUCUGCUAAUUUAUAAGAUUUAUUUGAAAAUGGUUUAAUAAUAGAAGGGACAUAAUACGAUUUCGAUUUGGCUGAUCAUAUUGAUGUAAGAUUUUAAAUUAAAUUUUUUAGGCAACAAAAUUAGAAUUGGAUAGAUUUGUUUAAAAUGUUUUAGAUUCAGAUGCUGUUGUUUAAGGGCAUAGAAAAAUAACGAGUGCUUUUGUUUCUUUAAAAAAACGAUUAGCUUUACAGGAAGAAUAAUAAAAAGUGGUAAUGGCAAACUCUGAUAUUAUUGUACCUAAUCCUAUUUAAUAAUAAACUCGUAAUAAAGCGAAAUUAUUUGACACGUAACCAAAUAAUGAAAAUUUGGAUGAGGAAUUGUAAGAAGAAAUUUUUAACAUUACUAAAAGAAUGAAAGGAAUGGCUGUAGAGAUUUCAGACAAAUUAAAAUUUGAUAAUAAAGUCAUUGAUAAAAUAUUACAUAAGUAAGAGGCUAAUAAGACUAAGAUGAAAUUUGAAGAAAAAAAAUUAUCUAAUUUUAUGAAAUCUAAAAGUUUAAGUUGUUCAUCACUAUUUUUAAUGCUUACGACCUCCAUAGUUUUAUUUAUCUUUGCCAUCAUUUUCAUUAGAAUUUCAUGA